UCACACAAACUCACAGAACUGAUCUACGUUCACGGAUGUCGGCUCAGAGAACCAGACUCCCAUACCACAUCCAACAAACAGGCACAGACUGCGUGCAGCGUUCACCCUGGCCUGUUCACUGGCAGACCUCAGGCUCAAGCUCAGAGUCGAUCUGCAUAGCUCUCAUCACUGGCAGUUCACUGGGCCUGCAUGGCCUGGCCAGCAACGUUUCUUUGCAAUUUUUGGCAUUCGAUAAUUUUCUGCCAGCGAAGCAAAAGUAACAUUGUUGUCUUGAGUGGUCAUAUUGCCCUUGUUCCUGUUGACGCUGAGUGUAUCUGCGGAUUGGAACGUCUUCUGUGGAAUGGCGGAGUGUCCGCAUUUGGAAGACUCUGUGCUCGUCGACGUGGCUAAACUCAAAGCCCAUUCUGGAGCUCUAUACUGCAACGCCUGUCGUACCCACAAAAGCCCAUGGCUCUGUCUCUCCUGCGGACUUGUCCACUGCGGAAGGUAUGUGAACGGCCAUGCGAAAAGCCACCAGGAAGCCCAAACAAGCCACCGUGUCUGUAUGGAUUCUGGGCUCGUAGCUUUCUGCUAUGAAUGCGAUGACAGCGUAAUCAACGAUACUCCUGACGGCCGCAUUCAGGCCGUUCGCAACUUCAUGCUGGAAAGAGAGCGUGCGCUGGACCCGUCAAUGAGCGGCUUAGAACCGCCCAGCAAGUCCAUGAAGACAUCGACUGCAAGUGAGCACAACUCCAGUUCUUCGGCAGCAGCGGCAACACCGCUGCACAAACUGGCUGGUCUUCGCAACCUGGGCAACACCUGCUUCAUGAACUCUGUUCUGCAGUCGCUAAGUAACAUCCAGGAUUUCUGUUUCUACUUUCGUCGAUUGCCGGCCAUUGCACCACCGUGCAAUGGCCGCCGCCCCAACCAGUACCAUACGCGUCAAAGUAAACCGGAAGAAGUGUGUCUUGUUGAAGAAUUCAGGAAGAUCAUCUCGGAUCUGACGGAAGCAAAGAAGGCUACAGCAAUAUCGCCGGAUGCCCUUUUCUCGGCGUUGUGGAAAGUUGCUCCCUCUUUCCGUGGGUAUCAACAACAGGAUGCGCACGAGUUCAUGCGCUACCUUCUCGAUCGGCUGCAUUACGAACUAGUCACCCUCGUCGACCAUAAAACCGGCGACUCGACGACCAUCGUCAAUCGCAUGUUUGGUGGUGUGUUGCGGAACGAGGUUGAUUGCUUGGAAUGCCGGCAGAAGUCAAUAAAACAUGACCCAUUUCUAGAUCUAUCGCUGGGUAUUCCAGAACGCUUUGCUCAACGGAAAGGAAGGGGGAAAGAAAAGGAGCUCGGAGUCUGCCAUCUGAAAGACUGCAUAUCUCACUUCUGUGACAUGGAGGAGCUCUCUGACACUGAACAGUACCUCUGCGAGAAGUGUCGUCAGCGGCAGCGCAGUACUAAAAAGUUUUAUCUACGAGACCUGCCACCCGUUCUCUGCUUGCACCUGAAGCGCUUUCGCUACGCGCUGUCCGCGCGCUCCAAGCUAGAUCUGUUCGUUGAGUUCCCGCUAGAAGGACUCGACCUCAAGGAUUUCAUGUCUCCCAAUGCGGAAAUGUCAAAGUCGACACUUUACGACCUUUCAGCAGUCGUCGUCCACCAUGGCUCUGGUGUUGGAUCAGGCCAUUACACAGCAUAUGGGCACAGUGCUAAAGCAGGUGGCUGGUUCCACUUUAACGACAGCACGGUGACAUGCAGCACAGCAGAUGCCGUGUCCAACUGCAAGGCAUACCUUCUUUUCUACUUGCAACGUCCACUAGGCAGCUGUUCGACUGGUGUCAGCCGCAGCAGCAGCAAUAGCACCAGUCGCAGUGCCACUGUCAAGAGCUGAUGCUGUGUUGUCAUUGUAGGUUUUUUUGCCAUGUCCUGACGAAAUACUGUUUUAUUUCAGUUGAUCACUUGCUAGGAAAUAGUGUCCAUACUCUACGUUCUCUAUCGACCUCUCUUUGCACACACAUACACACGCACGCACACCCUGUUUUUUGUUUUAUCAAUGGGCUGUGCCCAUUUGCCACUUAGGUAUGGUUGAUGCUGGAUUCAUUUAGGACUUAAUCCGUAGGUAGUUGUCACUUUCUCUCCGCCGGUCUUUCCUCUGUAUACUUAGCUCGGUCGCAUAUAGGCCAGUUUCUCUCUCUCUCUCUCUCUCUCUCUCUCUCUCUCUCUCUCUCUCUCUCUCUCUCUCUCCUCCCUUCAUUGCUGGCACUGCCGUUGUCAAUCCGUUCUCAUGAUGGCCGCUGAUGCUCUCUCUCUCCCGUUUUCUUUGUUUGGGUGUUUUAUCGUGAACAUCUCUUUCGUUUGCAUUGUAACUUAUUUUCUAGCCCAGUGCUAUGCUGACCAAGUGUGUCUAUCAACUAUGACGUCAAACGUCCUGACAACUGCUUCUUUAAUAGUGUUCGAA